AGUGGGGACUUUCGAAGUCCACGUCCCAGCAGGACACUAAUGUUGGUGUAAACAAAAGCUUGUUCCAUUGUAACCCUAAUGGAUAUAAGCAGGCAAAAGAAAGGAUACGAGCCUUGGUAUAAGAGUCGACUGUGGCAGCUUCGAUUUUUUCUAAGAGAAGAGAUGGCGAGCGACGCAGAAAAGGAGAGGAAGAAGAUAAUAAUGGUGUCUCCCAUUGCGCGUCCUCUUGCGGGGAAGAAGCUCUGUAAAAAAACAUUUAAGCUCGUUCGCCGAGCUUCGGAAGCGAAGUGUUUGUUGCGAGGGGUCAAAGAAGUGGUGAAAGCGAUCAAGCGCGGGAAAAAAGGGCUGUGCGUUAUUGCUGGAAACAUCUCACCAAUUGAUGUAAUUACCCAUGUGCCCAUUUUAUGUGAAGAAGCAGAGAUUCCAUAUAUUUAUGUUCCAUCAAAAGAGGAUCUUGCAGGUGCAGGGGCUACUAAGAGGCCAACAUGUUGUGUUUUAGUCCUUACAAGCCCUAUGAAAGGCAUUAUCAGUGAGGAGGACCAAAAAAAAUUGAAAGAUGACUAUAAGGAAGUAGUUAAGGAAGUGCAAGAAUUGACGUCAUCAAUUUUCUAACAUGGUCUAGUUGCUGUACCAGAUUUUGUAUAUUUCUAUCAAAAUUUCUUUUGAACUUUAAUUGACGAUAAAUUAGUAGUUACAUUUAGUUAUGGAUUUUGUAAAUGCUUAUUUUUCAUAUCAAAGAUGCAACUGUUUACGAAA